AUGUCUCACAACCAAUACAACGCUACCGAAAACACUCAAGAGGAUAUUGCUCAAGACUCUAUCCGUGUUUCUUCUCCUAAUGACUCAUCUAUGCAAGUGGAUGAGCACGCUCAACUUUCUGCAGUUGAUCAUCUUCUCAAGAAGAUUGACACUGCUCAGGCUCGCUUGGAUCAGAUCCAUCGUAACGCUGGUGAUACUUACACUGAGGAAGAACGCUUGGCGGCUGAUGAAGCAUCUGCGUCUAUCGAAUGGCUCAGCAAGCAAGUCAGUGCAAUUACUAAGAGGGCUGAUUCCAAAGCAAGACCUGUCAAUCUCAAUGAGAUCCCCCGUUUCCAGGUGGUAGGACAAGCUAAGCAUUGGCCUGACCAUCCUCGAUUCACCACAGUCGAUCAUUUCUUCAGUGCUUUUGAGAACGUCAUCAGAGCAUCCGGUAAUGAAGUAAAUUUGGUUUGGAAACGCUACGUGCCUGUUUCACUGCCAUUUGACUUCGAAUCAUGGACCAAGAAUGAUCUUCUGGCAUGUAAUGAUUGGGAUCAAGCCAAGGCAUUGUUCCGCAAACAUUUUGGUGCUCCCAUCAACUCUGAGGAAUCCAUGGCCAAACUCUUCAGCAUGCGCAUGAAGAACAAUGAUACUCUACAGGACUAUACGAAUAAGUUCAUGAAGUACGUCAAGGAUUGUGGCUUCCCUCCUAACAGCAACAUGUUAGCCAAGUUCUAUCAGUUCACGCUGUUACGCAAGAAUCAGCAAAUGAUGGUCAACCAAAUGUCCGUCAAGCAUGGUUCCAACCAUAAAUGGACUAUCAACGAGAUCUAUGAGUGUGUGUUGCCUUUGUUCCUUGUUGACGAGCAAAAUCGUGGUGAUGAUGAUGUUGAGGUCGACAUCAGAGGUAAGCGUAAGGGUGGUUCUGGUGGUUCUGGUUCAAGAACAAAGAUGGCAAGGGUAUCUGCCACUGGGUAUUUCUGUGCGAAGCAUGGCGGGAGCAAUGCCAACCACAAUGAUUUAUCAGAAAUAAAUUAUUUAUAA